AUGUCGAAUCCACGAAGUACUGGUCAUAUUCCGUUGAAAACAUCCAUGACGAAUAAAUGGAAAUCUCAGGCACCAACCAGCGAGUUACUGGAACGACAAACUCGAGCAUUGGAAGACAGUCUCAAUAGACUUAAACUAGCGAUGAAUCCUGAUAAGACCAAAACGACCACGGACACAACUGGCCCUAUUUGGGACAGGGGAAAAAGUGGACCAUUAUCUCAUUAUGCAAAUCAUGUUUUACGCGAUGAACCACGAAAACAAUUUGAUGCGAACAAACCAACAAAAAUUCGUGUUCUAACUGAUGAACCAGCUGUUCCGGUCAAUCGGCCAUCGAUUGUUGCAAACAUGUUAUCGGCGAAAUCUAAUGGGAGUAAUGGCAAAACGACUAAGUGUGGUCAAUGUGAAAAAGAUGAAGCAAAAAUGAAAUGUUUGGAGUGUGCUGAAUCGUAUUGCACGACUUGUUUCGCACAUUUUCAUCUUCGGGGUGCUCUGCAGCGACAUCGAUGUGUUCCACUCAGCGAAAGUCGACCAUCAACACCUCAGAAAAAGAAAAAAACUGUUGGAGCCGAUGUCAUCUUCAAAGAAUUGCGCGUAGCUCAAUCGAAAGAUGAUUUUCUUCGGAAUUCUACAAUGGCAACAGAAGCAUACGAAUACAUCGAUGAUGAGAUUGACUAUGAAAAUGGUGAUGAAGGAAGAAAUGGUGGAGAACUACUCACUGGAAACUAUGAUGAGAAAACGAGCGCAGCAUCAUUUCAACAAGCUCUUAUGCAAUGGCGACAACAAGGUAACCACAAGAAGAAAGGCCAAACAAGCAAUCCAUCGAAGAAAAAGUCGACACACGAAGUGGCCGUUGAUACAGUUUAUGAUACCAAUGGAGAAAUGAAUACAAACUCUGUACCGAAUAUUGAAUUUAGUACUUCAAAGUUAACAUAUGCAGAGAAACUUUUGGUUAAAAAGUAUCGACGUUCGAAUAAAAACAAUCAAGAAUUUUUUAAUCAGCGAACAAUCAAAUCUAAUGCAGCUUUGAAGGAAGAAUCGAAGAGAUCAAAAGAACUCCAAGUAAAUCAAUCAUUACCGGAAGUGUUCGAUUUAAGGAAUGUCAAAAUAGAUAUUGAGCCUAUGUAUGAUGAAUUGUCAACCAUGCGAACAAAUGAAAGUGCACGGACAAUUAUAAUGGAAAAUGAUCAUCAUAACGAUCAGCUCGAAGAACAAGAUGACGAAGAGGAAGAGCUUCUACGCUUAAAACAAAAAGAAGAAAGACGACCGAAGAGUCGAGCAUCAACGAAACCAAUCUCACGUCCAAACAGUUCGGCUAUGAGAAAGAAUUCUGCAACAUCAAGACCUAGUUCCGUGGCACUGUUUCAACAUCCACUACCUUCAUUAUUACAAACCAAUCCUAGUGAGGAAUUCAAGUCGAUCGUUGACCCUCAAUCACGACCGUCAUCGGCUGCUUUGAAAAAGCCCGCGAAGCCUGACUAUCGUCUUCCAUCAUUGUGGAAUCGGAAUUGGAAACCUGAACAAAGUAUGUCAGAUGGAGUAGACGUGAACUUGGUCCGAAUCGACCAAGCAGCUGUCACUCAAUUUGAUCUAGCAUUGAAUGAUUUGCUUGACGAAGACAAAAUCGAAAAUGCUGGUCGAUCAGAUAAUCCACUUCCAACAAGUCGACCAUCAACAGCGAAACAACCGGCAUUGUCGUUACCUCCUUUGAAUCCACCACCUUCUCCGUCACCGUUAUCCUCACGACCAGUCACUGCUCGUUCGGAGAAAGAAAAGCAUAUAGAGUCAUCAACACCAACACCUCGACAAAGCUCGUUGUUUAACCUUUCGAAUUCACCUAGUAAAGUGGACUCUUCGUCAUCCAUCGAUGCCGGCGAUGGUGGGUUUUUUACUGAUGUAAAUCCGCCACGAAAAUCGAUCCAAUCUCCAGCUCCUCCCCCAGUCGCAGGUCGUCCGCUUUCGAGCGAAUCCAGACAUUCAUUCACUCAGCGAUCUGCUCGUUCAUCAGUCGAACAACGUCCUGCGAUUCCUAACUUGAUGUCACUAAGAAAAACUUCUAUAGAAGCUUUAACCCGUCCACCACCAAAACGUUCCAUUACACUUGAAGAAACCCAUAAUCAAAUUGAUGACUACAGUCGACCAGGUUCCUCACUUUCAUCUGCUUCACUUCCCGUCUCUGUUAUUUCAUCUAAACCGGAUCUUAUAUCACGACCAUUGAUAGAACGAUAUCCAAAAGUUAAUCCUCAAGCAGCAGCAGCACCACAGACAAUUAAGAAAUUUCGUGUUGAAUUUCAAAAGAAAUCUGCCCCGCCCACUGUUCCUGCAAUGGUCAUCGAAGGGAAGAAAGUAACAUCAGCAAGCACUUCCGCACGUGAUAACGACGACUAUCUUCAACAAUCCAUGAAUUCAACACGAGGUAAAAUCUCAGCUGGCGUUCAACGAUCGCAGAAUGUCGUCAAAGCUAGUACGAAUAGUUCAAUGACAACAGUUACACGUGAUGAAAAUGCUCUAAAAGAUGAAAGCUUGACAAUUACUGAUGCCCAGGUAAACAAAAGUAUCACUCGCCGGUCAACGAACACCGAACGAAAACCAACAAAAUCAAGAACGAUGGAAUUUACAGUUCGCGAUGGGGUCAAAUGGCAACACGCAUCAUCCGAUUCUGUACUGUCAAAAUCCAUUUCAACGUCUGGAGCUCGUCAAUCUGUGAAGGGAAGCAUAGCUCGACCAUCCACGCCAUCAAAUACAGCCAAUUCAAAACUGGCACAUCAAUUCAGUACAUACGACAUGGAUGACGGUAGAUCAUCACGUGCAUGUCAAGAUGUGUGCGAUGAACAGUCGUUCAAUCAACUUCGGGAAGAACUUUGUUCCGAAUUGGGUAUGAAUAGUCCAGGCUGGGAUGCAAGUUUAAGUGAACAUGUUCUAAAAAAUCUUCGUGGGACUGACAUGCCAUUCAGUGAAAAAGAGUUACAAGAUAAUCUGAAUAUGCUCGAAAUAAAACUGCGAUCAACAUCAUUUCAUCACUUGAUUCGCCGUUAUUAUUUUACUAAUAUAAUCAAUCGAUUCUAUCCAAUGGAAAUUAUACAAGAAAAGGCAAAACUAGCCGAUGAACGCAUUCAACAGUUAAAAUCGUUAAUUGCUACUACAGGUACGCGACAACUCAAUCCUGAGAUUUACGUUAAAGUACUUCAAGAUGAAAACGAUCGAUUGAAAAAACGAGUCCAAAGUCUUGUUGACGAAAUAGUAACAUUAGAAAAUGAACGUGGAGUGAAACAACAAUAUGACUUUGUGAACAAAGUUCCAAAGGCUCCUACUCAAUCAUCUACUAAGUCGGUGGAAGUCCAACAGCCAAGAGCUGAAGCUGCUCCUGCUGCUGCUGCUGCCGUCGGUGGCGAACAAGCAGAAAACAAGGAUAAGAAAGAUAAGAAGAAGAAGCCUGCCAAAGAAGAAAAACCAGCGAAAGCACCGGCUAACAACGCCAUUGAUAUUACUCGAUUUGACUUACGUGUGGGAAAAAUCGUACAGGUUGAAAAGCAUCCCGAUGCUGAUUCUCUAUACGUUGAACAGAUCGAUGUUGGUGAAGAAAAACCACGAACAGUAUGCAGUGGUCUUGUUAAACACAUGCCAGCAAGUGAUCUCGAUCAAAAAAUGGUCAUUGUUUUAUGUAAUUUAAAACCCGCUAAAAUGCGUGGAAUUAUGUCUGAAGGAAUGGUUAUGUGUGCGUCAACACCUGACAAAGUUGAAUUUCUUGAACCGCCAAGUGAUAGUAAACCCGGUGACCGAGUAGAAUGUGAAGGUUAUGAUUGUACAUCUCCCGACGCUCAAAUCAAGAAAGAAUUGUCCGAUCAAAUUCUACCCGAUUUGAAUACAAAUGAUAAAGGUGAAGCAACAUUCAAGGGCAUUCUCUGGAAAGUAGGCAGUGGUAAAGGUGUCAUUAAAGCGAAAAGUUUGGUCAAUGUACCUAUCAGAUGA